AGGCAGGAAUAGGAGAGAGAAAGAAAUUGGGGAAGAAAAAACACAGAGAGCGAAGGAAAGAAACACGUCAGAUAGAGAAGUAAAAUCAGCAUAGAUAAAGGAAGGACGUUGACUCAGCAGUUGCUGUUUGAGGGGAAAAAAAGAGGAAGAGGAAAGCUCUGACAGUGUCCAAGUGUGUGCAGCAAGUGCAUGCUGAGUUUUCAUUUUGCUGCUUUUCUCCUGCCGUGGUUCAAUGUACUCCAUGGAGGACACACAGGUGGCCAGGACCAUAGAGCUGAAUGAUGGCACACAAAUGCCAGUUUUGGGUCUCGGGACUUGGAAGCCCUCAAAUCUUCCCCCCACCUCAGUCCAGGGUGCAGUGGAGGCUGCCAUUGCAGCUGGCUACCGCCAUAUAGACACCGCUUACAGCUACAACAAUGAGGUUGAUAUUGGCAAGGCUCUGUGCUCAAAGACAAAGCAGGGCAUCAUCAGGCGCCAGGACAUGUUCAUCGUCAGUAAGUUGUGGUGUACCCAUCAUGCCCCAGAGGACAUCCCUGUGUGCCUGAAUAAGUCUCUGAAGGAUCUCCAGCUGGACUAUCUGGAUCUUUACCUUGUGCAUUUCCCUGUUGGCCUAAAGAAAAUGGGUGAUGAACUUUUCCCAAAGAAGGAUGGGAAGAUGCUGACCUGUGACAUAGACUAUGUGGAUGUAUGGAGGGGGAUGCAGGCCCUGCAAGCAUCAGGAAAGGUGAAGAGUAUUGGUGUGUCCAACUUCAGCAUCCUGCAGCUGGAGAGACUUCUUGCUCUGUGCAGGGUGCCUCCUGCUGUCAAUCAGAUCGAGCUACAUCCCUACCUGGUGCAGACAGAUAUGAUAGAGUUCUGUAAAUCCAAGAACAUCGCCCUGACUGCCUACAGUCCCUUUGGCUCGCCUGCGAGACCCCCAGAGCUGGUCAGAGGAGACACUGAUCCACAUAAGCUCCUGGAGGACCCAGUCGUAGCAGAUAUAGCCAAGAAGCACCGACACAGCCCUGCACAGGUAUUGCUGAAGUACCAUGUGCAGCAGGGUAUUGCAGUCAUCCCAAAGAGUGAUAAGCCUCAUCACAUCCUUGAAAACACAAAGAUGUUUGACUUCAGUCUGACUGAAGAAGACAUGAGAGCACUAAGAGGACUGGACCGAGGGUGGAGGGCCUGCAUGCUCGAGGAAAUCAAGUCUCAUCCGUACUACCCCUUUGUCUGAGGCUGCCAGGAGAGUGGAGAGAACAGACAGCACACUGGAUCUACGCAUAAUUGUCAGACCAGCUACACGCAGUCUACUGUACCUGCAGUAUCACACACUGUAAUUCAUCAGUGACUUGUUUACAUAAUAACAAUAGAAUAUGAAGAGGGAAGACAAAUCUGAGGAUGGUUGCUCUUAUUUGCUUCUGCUAAGUCACAUUAUUCAAAAGCACAACAUUUAUUUUCAGUGUUAUGCAGCUGAUACACAGAUUUACCUCCCCCUAGAGAGCCUAAUUACAAAAACAAAUUAACUUACCUCAGUAACUGUCUGAGACAUCAAAUCCUUCUCCAGCUCAAUGAAAAUAAAACUGUAAAUGUUCUUUUAUUUGGAAAACAGCAUUUGACCAACAUUACUUUUCGUCAUCUCAUCCAUUGGUUAAAUCCCCUUUAAAAUCACAUGCAAAAAAACUUGGGACUCGUAUUUCACGUUUGAAGACUUAAUGUAACUUAAUGUACUGUAGCUCUGCAUCAUCUCCAAACUUCAUUCUUUCCCUUGAUAUCCACCUGCCAGUGGUGCAAUGUAACUAAGUACAUUUACUACUGUACUACAACUUUGAGGUACUUAUAUUGUACUCUAGUCUUUUCUCUUGAUUCUUCUAGUUCUAUUUCAUAGGCAAAUAUUGUACUUUUUACUCCACAACAUUAAUCUGACAGCUUUAGUUACUAGUUAAUUUACAAAUUAAGA